AUGUACAUGCCUAGGUCUUCGUCUAGCGUGCUGCGCACUGCGCCUGCCCAGAUCCGUGCAGCUGCAGGCACGCGCUCGCUUUCUUCAGGUGCCCCAUCGAUCCCUCUGGCUGCUUUGAACGAAAGCGCGCCUGUAGCCUCGCUUACCGUGGCUGUGCGCGCCGGCUCCCGCUUUGAGAGUGAAGCUGGCGUGGCUCACGCCAUCAAGAACUUUGCAUUCAAGUCGACCAAGGACCGCUCGGCGCUUCGCAUUGUCCGUGAGGCUGAGCUGAACGGUGGCGUCCUUUCGGCAUCGCUUUCGCGUGAGCACCUCUUCUUGACGGCCGAGUUUCUUAAGGGUGACGAGGCACACUUCGCUGACCUCCUGGCCGAGGUGGUCGGCAACCACAAGUACUGCCGCCACGAAUUCAACGAGGAAGUUGUGCCGUCGCUCGCUGCUGACGCUGAGCAAGCUGCUCAGGACCCUGUCGCUCUGGGUGUGGAUGCGCUUUUCUCGGCCGCAUACCGUGGUCGUGGUGUCGGCAGCUCGCUCUUCGCCAGCCCCUCUUCGCCCAUCACGGUCGAGGCCGUUCGUGCCUUUGCCGCGCAGGCCAUGAAUGCCUCGAACAUUGCUAUUGUCAGCUCGGGUCUCUCGCAGGACAAGCUGCGCUCGCUUGCCUCGACCAGCUUUGUUCGCGUGCCGGCUGGCUCGGCUUUGCAGGCUGCCCCGUCCAAGUACUUCGGUGGUGACUACCGUGCUGCUUUGACUGACGCGCACGGCCAUGCCUUGCCCAACGACCACUUCUUCAUGGCCUUUGAGGGUGCUUCGCGUGCAAACGCGGCGCCUCUGUCGGUGCUGGAGGCCCUGCUGGGCGGUGGUACCUCGGUCAAGUGGUCUGCUGGCCUCAGCCCCCUGUCUCAGAUCCGUGAUGCCAAGGCGCAAGCCUUCCACUCCGCUUUGGAGGACACGGGUCUGUUUGGUAUCCACAUUGCUGCUCCAUCGGCUAAGGUCGCUGACGCCGCCAAGACGGCCGCGCAGGCCCUGAAGGCUGCGGCCGACAGUGUGUCGUCGGAAGACGUGCAGCGCGCUGUGGCGAAGGCCAAGUUCGUCCUGGCUCAAGAAUUUGAGGGUUCGCGUGUGGCUGGCCACGAGUCUGUGGCUGCUCGUCUCCUGGGCUCAUCGGCAAGCUCGCUUGAGUCGGAGCUUGAUAGCCUCAGCAGUGUCAAGGCCGCUGAUGUAUCGUCGGCUGCCCAGGCGCUCCUCAAGGGCAAGCCAUCGUCCGUUGCGCUGGGCAACGUGAAGCAGCUGCCUUACGCUGACGAGCUGUUCUAA